GAAAACGUAUUUUAAGCCACGUAUUUUUUUCUUGAAGCUUCAACAAUUAGUAAAAAUAAUAUUGCUCAACAAUUUCUACGACUAUCUGAUUCCUCCCACUCGUGUCUUAUAGAGUGACCAAAUCAGGCGUGCCAAACAUAAAUCAGCUGAUUCUGAUGCGGUAACUACCAACAAAUAACAAUCUUAAAAAAGGAACGACGGAGUAAUGCGAGUAGGUAGCCUGCUCAGGUUCCGCUGGACGGCUUUCGCCAACAGCAAGGCCAGGCAACAGUAUGUGCCACAACAUAAGCCCGUCCUAGAGGACGAUAUCAAGCGGCUGGAGGACUUCCUCCUAUCCAAGCCGAAUGUUUUGGUUUUAACGGGAGCGGGAAUCUCAACAGAGUCCGGAAUUCCCGAUUACCGAUCCGAAGGCGUUGGCCUAUACGCCAGGACGAACCACAAGCCCAUCCAGCAUAUGGAGUUCGUUAAGUCGUCGGCGGUGCGCAAGCGCUAUUGGGCGAGGAACUUUGUGGGCUGGCCCAGCUUCUCAGCCACCCAGCCGAACGCGACGCACCACGCUUUGGCCAGAUUCGAGCGCGAACAGCGGGUGCAGGCCGUGGUGACCCAGAACGUGGACAGGCUGCACACGAAAGCCGGCAGCAAGCUGGUGGUGGAGGUCCAUGGAAGCGGCUAUGUCGUCAAGUGCUUGUCCUGCGAGUACCGCAUCGAUCGCCACGAGUUCCAAAGCAUCCUGUCUUCCCUAAAUCCAGCCUUUCAGGAUGCCCCCGACAUGAUUCGUCCCGAUGGAGAUGUCGAAAUACCGGCUGAGUACAUUGAUAACUUCCGGAUCCCCGAAUGCCCGGACUGCGGCGGUGACCUCAAGCCGGAGAUUGUAUUUUUCGGGGACAGCGUGCCACGAGCUCGGCUGGACGAGAUUGCAGCGUUGGUGUAUAACAGCGAUGGCUUGCUCGUCUUGGGAUCCAGUCUGCUUGUUUUCUCCGGCUACCGGGUUGUGCUGCAGACCAAGGACCUGAAGCUGCCGGUGGCUAUAGUUAAUAUUGGCGACACCCGGGCCGAUCAUUUGGCGGACAUCAAGAUAUCCGCCAAGUGCGGCGACGUGCUCCCCAAGCUCUUUGACUACCGUUCUGCUAAAAGUGUUAGCUAAUUAUGGUUGUUAUUUUCUAGUAAAAUAUUAUUUAAAAUUCUGUAGAA